UGGUGGGGCUGUGUUUGCGAUGAAAUCGCUUCAUGGGAACUCUGCUAUAAACUAAUGAGCGAUGCCCACUUAAGCUCCCACUCCAUGCUACUUAGAUCAGCCUAUCUGCGCACUGGUUAUUGCUACGUGUCAUCACCCAGUUAAUUCCUUAUCUAUUCUUUCCCACCCCCAAGACUGAAGCCAUACUCCAGAAGUAAGGUAACACCUCUUUGAAAUUGCAUGAUUUCAUCUUCCUUUGGAGGCUCGAGCCUUGCUUUUUUUUUUUUUUUUGCCUGAAUGGAUUCUGGUAUAGCUUGCUAUGCUCAUGGGGUUGUUUUGCCUACCGUUACUGCUAAGUACUCCACUGCAAUAGUGUCUCCACCAUCUGCUUCUCCAUCCUUCAACUCCAGGGUAUGCCUUAAAUCGAGUUCCCUCUUUGGAGAAUCAUUGAGGAUUGUGCCAAAAUCAUCACUAAGAGCUGCAAAGUCAAGGAGCUCUUCUGUUGUGACCAGAUGUGCUAUAGGUGAUAGCCUUGAGGAGUUUCUUACAAAGUCGACCUCAGAUAAGGGGCUUAUCAGCCUGAUGAUGUGCAUGGGAGAAGCAUUAAGGACUAUUGCUUUCAAGGUCAGAACUGCUUCUUGCGUAGGUACAGCCUGUGUCAAUUCCUUUGGAGAUGAGCAGCUUGCCGUUGAUUUGCUUGCCAACAAGCUUCUAUUCGAGGCCUUGACUUACUCCCACUACUGCAAGUAUGCUUGUUCUGAGGAAAUUCUUGAGCUACAAGACAUGGGAGGUUCAGCUGAAGGUGGAUUCAGUGUUGCUUUUGACCCUCUUGAUGGCUCCAGUGUUGUCAACACAAAUUUCACUGUAGGCACCAUCUUUGGUGUGUGGCCAGGAGAUAAGUUAACUGGUGUAACCGGAAGAGAUCAAGUUACUGCAGCAAUGGGGAUCUAUGGUCCUAGAACCACAUAUGUUAUUGCACUCAAGGAUAUUCCCGGUACCCAUGAAUUCUUCCUCCUUGAUGAAGGAAAAUGGCUACAUGUCAAAGAUACAACAGAGAUCGGCGAAGGGAAAAUGUUCUCCCCAGGAAAUUUGAGAGCUACAUUUGACAACCCUGAAUAUGACGAGUUGAUCAACUACUAUGUGAAAGAGAAAUACACAUUGAGAUACACAGGAGGAAUGGUGCCGGAUGUCAACCAGAAAGGUAUCUUCACAAAUGUGAUGUCCCCAUCUUCCAAAGCCAAGCUGAGGCUAUUAUUUGAGGUAGCUCCACUAGGGUUCUUGAUUGAGAAAGCUGGAGGUUACAGUAGUGAUGGCCAUCAGUCAGUGCUAGACAAAGUCAUCAAUGGUCUUGAUGACAGAAGUCAAGUUGCAUAUGGUUCCAAGAAUGAGAUCAUCCGCUUUGAAGAAACUUUGUAUGGAUCCUCAAGGCUUAAAGGGGUUCCUGUUGGAGCUGCAGCCUAGGCAAUAUGUACUAACACUUGAACCUAUUUCAUACAGAAGGAUUAUAUAUUAGUGGACAAAAUGCUCCAACCAAUUUUAGACUUGGAGUCACAAAGCUGAGUUGCUGUCAGUUUGUUUUCUCCUCAAAAAUUUCCUUUGAAGGUGUAAUUAGGCUUAACAAAAAUGAUCUUUCAGU